AGUCCGUCUCUGUCUCUGCCUCUACGAGAGCACAGAUCCAUGAGGAGCGCUCCGGAGCUCACUUUUCUGAAGCGCUGCGAGGCUCGGACUCAUUUACACCGACUUUAGGCUCUUUACCCUGGGCAGUCCACGCUCGCCGCCUCUCCGUCUGCGUGUGGAGGGAUUAAAGCCUGAAGUGUCAUUUUUAUACUGCCCAACAGUCGUCCAAAAUGUGCCAAAUGCGGGCGCAGCUGCGGGAGAUGGUGCGGCUGCGGCUGGACGCGGCUGCGGAGGAAAUUUUUGCGCUUUUUGAGAGAAUUUUAGCUGAGUACGAGGAGGAACUGCGCAGAGCCACAGAGAAGCGACACGAGAAGCGACACGAGACGCGACACGGGCAGCGAGCCGAGUCUGCGCCAGAAUCGCAACAGACAGCGCCAGCUAUUCAAACCGACAGUGUUCCUGAAAAAUUCCCUCCGGAUGUUCCAAACCCGAUCGACCUCGUUAUCAAACAGGAGCCAGAGGAACUCGGAGACGACAUCGUGCAAAUCCGGGUUCCGUCUCUGCCCUUAAAAAACGAGAACACAGAGGAAUCAAAUCCUCCAGAGAGAGCAGUGGAGGCUAUUGACCUAACCACGAGGGAGGAGGGGCGGAGAAAGAAACCCCAUGCAUGUCCCAUCUGCGGGAAGAGCUACAGCUGGAAGUCCCACUUGGAAAUCCACCUUCGAGUGCACACUGGAGAGAAACCUUUUGGCUGUUCAGUGUGCGGAAAACGCUUCACCAAAAAAAUGUACCUGGUCAUUCACCUGCGCCGGCACACAGGGGAGAAACCAUUCAGCUGUUCGGUCUGCCACGACCGCUUCAUCUCCAAGGACAGUGUGAUGAAGCACAUGGUGGUGGUUCACCCUGGUCUGUGUGCUGUGAGGAGCAGAGCUAAGCACAGCUGUGGAGAGUGUGGAAAAGCUUUCACAUCUCGCUCACACCUGGAGAUGCACCUGCGCGUCCACACCGGAGAGAAGCCAUUCCAGUGCCCUGAGUGUGCCAAGAGGUUUACCCAGAAGGCCACGCUGCUCGGUCACAUGACAAGACACACGGGGGAGAGACCUUUCAGCUGUCCAGUUUGUCAGAAGAGCUUCAGGCAGAAGAACCACGUUCAGAAACACAUCAACAUCCACUUGCGGCAGCUCAGCCAGGAACAGCUGCAAGGUCUGCAAGGUCUGCAAGGUCUGCAGGUCUCUGGACAGGUCUCUGGACAGGUCCCUGGACAGGUCUCUGGACAGGUCUCUGGACGGGUUUCUGGACAGGUUUCUGGACAGGUUUCAGGACAGGGCUCUGGACAGGGCUCUGGACAGGUUUCAGGACAGGGCUCUGGGCAGGGCUCUGGGCAGGGCUCUGGGCAGGGCUCUGGGCAGGGCUCUGGGCAGGGCUCUGGACAGGGCUCUGGGCAGGGCUCUGGACAGAGCUCUGGACAGCUGCAGGGCUCCUCUGGACAGCUGCCGGGGUCUGGACAGCCCAUGUUCCUAUAUCCACAUCAGGAAUACAGCGCCCCCUCCCUCCACAUGUUUAACUACAGCACUUAGAGCUUUUUCUAAUGCUUUUGGACACUUUACGUUCUCUUUUAUAACUUAAAGGGCCUACAACAUUUUCUGAUCUAUAUUGUUGUUUCUUCGUCACAAACAGACCUGGAGUUGUAUUUUAUUUCAUUCACACACAUGUUUAACACACAAACCCUGCAUAUUUAGGUUGAGCUCUUCUCUCAAACUGAAGAUUCCGCCUUGUGUAAACUGAACAAAAGGUAAAAGGUAGCUUAACUUGAAAAGUACCGCUUCAUGACAUGACAAGGUGGAACAGAGCAUUUUAAGCUUUAGAGAUUACAAAUAAUAAAGUGUUACUCAAACAUGUGAAUGAAACACUCUGGGUCUGUUUGUGAUGAAGUAACAGCAUUUUGCGUAAUAUAUGAUCCUUAAAUCAUGUGAUAAUCAUGUUCAUGGCUGUAGAAUCUCUUUGGCUUUUUCACUGUCAUAGAGAACACUUUGACUUUUGCUCUUUGCUGGUAACGAUGAGAAGGGUUUUUGGUGGUUUUAUGCUUUUAAAGUUUAAAUACAGGAAGAGGAGAGAAAGACACUGGGAAUCAAACUUGCAACAGUUGUAUUUCGUGUUUCAUGUCUUACUGAAAGUGUAGCUGUAAUUCCUGCACAAACCAAUCAGUGUUAACGAACAAGUGCCUAAAAUGAGGCUUGAAAAUGUGUCCUCUGCAUUUGACUCAUCCUUCAUUGUCUCCAGGGUAAACCUGUCAGGAGCAGUGGACCAGAUCUGAGUCUGGUCCGGGUCAGGAGUACCUCGCUGGAUUUGGUAUUACCCAGUUUGUCCCAUUUUUCAAACUGAGGUUACCCAGAUACGUUGAGGUUUUAGUUGCUAUAAUAACCACACUUUGGACAAACCUGAUGUUUGAGAUUAGUUGGCUCAAAAUGAUUCUUGAAUAUAAAGUGUUUUACUUAUAAAUACUUGUGCAGAGUCUGUGGAAAUUCUGUAUUUAAACUGUUAAUAAAGGUUACACUGAAGUUAAUGAAGUUAAUGAAGGUUGCGCUGAAGUCAGACUUUACUCAGCAGAGCUGAGUAAAGUCUGACUUCAGUGCAACAGAGAACUUUCAGGAUUCUGCUCAAAUACCGUCGUCUUUUUUUCUGUUUCUAAGAAUAAACUGUGUGAAAGAGUCAAACUUUGACAUACAUAUAUUUAAGCAGAGACACAUGUGUGACAACAGCCACAGAACACAGGAUAAACACCUUUAAAAGAAUUAAACAGAUUCAGUUACAAAGGGACAAAUCAAACAAUGACAGGAUUAUUGUGCAUGCUUUAGGUUUUGUUGAGUUCAAAGGUCAUGCUUUAGGUUUUUGUUGAGUUCAAAGGUUGAAAGUUCAUGUUUUAUUUCAGUGCUGCAGCUUCAUCAAAAGUAUAAUUUGCUGCCCCUUGUGUGAAGUUUGUGAUGUUUUACUGAUGAGGGAUGUAACAAUAUCCAAAUCUCAUGGUAUGAUAUUUAUUGCCAUACUUUGUUGAGGCCAACAAAAUUGUGAAUAUGCAACUUUUUCUUAUUUUUUUCUUAUUUUUUGUAUUCAUUUAAAAGAAAUAACAGCUAUAUGCUCCGCCUGGACCCACACACUUCACCACUUUAAAUUAUGUUAAAGAAAAUACUAAAGAAAGCAUAAUCAUUUUGCCAUCAUUGUCACUAAGAAAUCACACAAAGAGAUUACUUUUAGUACAUUUUUAAAUGUUUUAUUUAUUAUUUCAUUUUUUUUUAUUCUUUCAGGAUAAUUAAAAAUAGUCUGCUUUGUUAUUAGUUAAUCUAGCUGCGUUUUGUUUUGUUUUUGUUGUUUUUUUCAACAAUCAUCAUUUCCAGUGCAUAUGUACAUCAGUCAUAAUGUGUUGGACUGUCUGUGUCAAUCUAUUUUUUAGUAUUAUUGUUCUGGUUAUGAUACAAAGUGGUUUAUAUUGUAUUUAAUAUGAUUGAAGUCCCAAGAAUACCUGUCUGUGGUGUUAUCAGAAUGACUGUCUUUAGAUAUAUAGAAGUUUUUUCCUUUUAAAAUGCCUUGAUAACACUUGGUUCUGUCAUAAUCCAAAGAAUUCAGAUUCAAAAGUACCCUGAAAACUUCAUAGGUCAUGGUCUAUGAAGUUCCCUUUUUAGCUGAUACUGCACUAAAGCAAUGAAUUUAAGCAAAGAGACUCAUGAUUCGAUAUAUCAUGAUGGCCCACUGUAUUAUUGUGAGAAUUUUGACGAUACAAUAUUUCAGUUAUGGUUACAUCCUUGUUACUGAGACAUUUCACUUUGGCCUGAGGACUGCUGCAGGAGACAAGGAUUUGAUAAAAAAAAAAAAAAAGUGGCA